AUGGCUACCCCCAGUGUUCUCACUUUUGACGCUGAGGGUCGGGCCAUUGACUUUGAUGUCUGGGUAGAUGACCUGCAGCUUUUCCUACAGUGCGAUGGGGCAGACGGUCUCUCCCUCUUUGACCUCACAUCUGGUGCUUCCCCUGCCCCUGCUGCCGAUGCCGACGCCACUGUUCGCUCACAGUGGGCCACUCGCGAUGCUGCUGCACGUCUUGCUGUGCGUCGCCACCUCCCUACCACUGAGCGCGCGCACUUUAAUCAGUACAAGAGUGCUCAGACCUUGGGUGUUCCCCCUCCCCCCUUUUGCCCUCUGUUGCCUCUGCUGCUGCGGCCGACCUCGUUGGGCUUGAGUCGGUCGGUGCGGCGUCUACCCCUAGCGGGAGACGCCGCCCUGGCAAGGGCAAGGGGGGCAGGGGCGCUGGAGGAGCUAGCAGGGGCGGUGGAGGCGGCGGUGGAGGCGGCGGAGGGAGUGGGGGUGGCGGUGGGAGUGGUGGCGGGGGUGGAGGUGUUGGUGGCGGCAGUGGAGGCGGAGGCGGCGGAGGCGGUAGCGGUGGGAGCAGAGGCGGCGGUGGUGGCGGAGGUGGAGGAGGCGGUGGUGGAGGAGGUGGAGCUGGUCGGGGUGGCGCUACGCAGCGGGGCGGCUCCGGUGGUGGUCAGCGCAAGCAGUUGCAGCAGCAGCAGCAGCAGCGUUGACGGGACAUCCCCCCCCCUCAGCAGCUCCGUGAGUGGUACGCUGCACGUCUGCGUGGUGGGGGUACCGGUCCGUGCACCUACGUCCUACGCACCGGCGACCGCACGGUUCCCGGAGGCCACUGAGAUCCCCCGCUGGGGUGAGCUGUCUAGGGCGGGUGUAGCUAUCUUUGAUCUUGACUUUAAUGCUAUUCUUGCUGCCAUGUAUGCUGUGACUAUUAGUGAUGAGGGUGACUGUUACCGGUGUUUCCCGCCCGACCCGGGCAUUGAGACUGCUGCUCUAGGUACUGGUGAGGCUGCUGCUCUAGGUGCCAGUGAGGCUGCUGCUCUAGGUGCCAGUGCGUCUGCGUCCUCACGUGCUGGUGAGUCUGCGCUCGCAGGUACCGCGUCGGCUUCGGUCUCCCUCACCUUCACACUUGACUCAGGGGCUUCUCGCUCCUUCUUUCGAGACCGCACCACACUCACGCCGCUUGGUCGGCCGGUUGCAGUCUCCCUGGCAGACCCCUCUGGGGGUCCUGUCCUUUCUCACUUCUCCACUGACCUCCCGUGUCCGGCGGCCCCCUCUAGCACCUUGUCUGGUCUUUACCUCCCCUCGUUCUCUUCGAACUUGGUGAGUGGUGCUGACCUACAGGAUGCGGGGGUUCACCAGUUUACUCCUGCGAGUCAGCGGGUGACCCACUGCUCGGACGCUCGCACAGGCCGGCACCUGGCCACGUUUACGCGUCGCCCGGGGUCGAGCCUGUACACCCUGACCACUGAGUCUCCUCCUGUCCCUGCGUCUGGUCAGGUAGCUGCGUCGGGUCAGGGGCGGCUGCGGGCUGCCCCUCACUCCUCUCAGUUUCCCCCGACAGAGGCCCCGCUGCAGACGCUUCACAUGGACGUGUGGGGCCCGGCCCGCGUCCGUGGACAGGGUCACGAGCGCUACUUCCUGCUGGUGGUUGACGACUACUCGCGUUACACCACAGUCUUCCCCUUGCGCUGCAAGGGUGAUGUCACUGAGGUGCUGAUCGACUGGAUCCGCGCAGCUCGUCUCCAGCUCAGGAGGAGCUUCGGCUCGGACUUUCCUGUUCUGCGUCUGCACUCUGACCGAGGCGGAGAGUUCUCCUCUGGCCUUCUGCGAGCCUACUGUCGUGCGCGAGGCAUCCGCCAGACCUUUACGCUUCCGGACUCUCCACAGCAAAAUGGGAUUGCUGAGCGCCGCAUUGGCAUGGUCAUGGACGUCGCCCGUACGUCCAUGAUGCAUGCGGCUGCCCCCCAUUUUCUGUGGCCGUUUGCGGUUCGGUACGCGGCGCAUCAGAUCAACCGUCACCCCAGGGUCUCCAUGCCGGAGACCUCCCCAGCUUUGCUGUGGACGGGGAAGGUAGGCGAUGCGUCUGCGUUCCGUGUCUGGGGAUCUCGGGCGUUUGUCCGCGACUUGUCUGCGGACAAGCUGUCCCCUCGUGCUGCUCCUUGCGUCUUCCUUGGCUUCCCCCCUAACGCGCCAGGGUGGCAGUUCUACCACCCCUCCUCUCGUCGUGUUCUGUCCUCCCAGGACGUCACGUUUGACGAGUCGGUCCCCUACUACCGCCUCUUCCCCUACCGCACUCCUUCCCUCCCCCCGCCACCGCUCUUCCUUGUGCUAGGUCCCCCCCCGGUAGACCCCCUCCCCCCUCAGGGUCCUGCCCCUUCAGGUGUGUCCCAGGUAGACGCAGUCGAGCCUGUCGAGGUUACUGGUGACUCUAGUGCUGCUGCGGGUGCGGAGCCUGGGGGUGCUGACUCUGGGGGUACUGAGCGUGUGGGUGCUACGCCUGGGGGUGCUGGGCCUUCGGGUGGUUCUACUGGGGGUGCUGAGCCUGGGGGUGCUGAGACUGGGGGUGUUGGGCCUGCGGGUGCUACGCCUGGGGGUGCUGAGCCUGGGGGUGCUACGCCUGGGGGUGCUGAGCCUGGGGGUGCUACGCUUGGGGGUGCUGAGCCUGGGGGUGCUGAGCCUGGGGGUGCCACGUAUGGAGCUGCUGAGCCUGGGGGUGCGGAGCCGGCGGCCGCUGGGCCUGCUUGUGUGGCGUCUGGCGGUGCUGGGCCUGGAGGUACUCCGCGUGCUUCGUCUCGGCAGGAUCCACUCUCUUCACUGGAGCUGCGCGAGUGGUUUGCCCGGCGCUGGAGGCGUUCUGCUGGAGCUGGUGCUUCUUCGGCUGCUGAGGGUGCUGGUGCCGCCGGUCUCAGAGGUGCUCGUAUUGGGAGUGCUGGAGCUGUUGGGCCUGCGGGUACGACUGGAGCUGGAGCUGCUGAGGGUGUUGGCGCUGAGGCUAUUGCUGUCAGUCCUGGCGGCGGUCCUACUGCGGGUGCUGCUGGUGCUGCUGGAGGUACUGCAGCUGGAGGUACUGUUGGCACUGGUGGUGCCGCUGGGGGUGCUGGUGCUGUCCUUGCUAGGCCGUAG